AUGUGCCUUCAUCAAUCUUUUUGGAAUCUCGCGCUACUAUGUAUUAUAUCGGGCUUAUCAGCCUCGUUAGAAAUCAUAGUUGCCUACUCUCAUGAUAGGGACUUAAUUUCUGACGCUUAUAAUGAAACAUCAAUUCUCCAAGCCACUCAGUCACUGACCUCAUUUGUGGAUUGACAUCCCUGCAGCAUCCCAGACCUCUCUCUAUGUCUAAGCAAUUUUCCAAAUUCCUCAAUCCUGCUAGACUUAUCAAGUGAGCUUGACAUCCAAAAUUCAAUUUCCCAGUUGUGCCGAAGCUACAUGAUCAUCCAUUUGGUACUUCAAAGCAGCAUGAAAUUUGAUGAUGAGUGGACUUUUUCCGUCACUUCAACAAAAGAAAAACAGGUACAAGCUUUUACAUCAGUUUUAAAAUACUUGAAUUGGACUCAAGGAGUUGGAUUUAUUAAUAAGAAAAAUUAUGAUAUAAAAGAAAUUAUUACAAGUUAUUAUUCAUCAGAAUUUAAUUUUUUGACUGUCGAAUCAGAAACAAGUAUCGAAGAGCUUGUAUAUAAAGUUGUAGUGAGACAAGGCGCUACUGUUUACUCUAUACUUACUAGUGCUACAGAAUCUCUAGAAAUUCAAAAUGGCUUAAAAAAUUCAAAACUUUUAACAGCUGGGAAUGGAAUUAUUUUGGACCAAGAAAGUGGUUAUCAGUGCAAUAUUGAUGGUUCUUUAAUUGUCACUGAAUUUGGACAAGAACUUGUAGUUUCAGUAGAGGAAUUUAUGAAAAAUUCUAUUAUAAAUACCAUUUCAUACAUUUUAAGUCAAAAUUCAAAAGAAACAAGGCAAGAAAUUCGUUCAAUAUUAAAAAACAGCCAAAAUAAUUGCAGGUUCUCUUUAGUUAAUAUACAGAAAGGAGAAAGAAUAAUUGUUGGGUCAAUUUUAAAUAAUAGCCUUAUUCUAGAAGGCAACUUGACUUUUCCUGGAAGCUCAGCAACUAUUCCAAAAUCAACCAAAAAAAUAUUGAAUGUAAGCAUGAGCGCUGGGCCUUCAAAUCCAAAUGCACUGCCUGCUUUAAGUGGUGUAAUUGGCGCCUGGGGCACUUAUUUAGCAAUGAACGAAAUAAAUGAAGGCCAUGGCCUUAUCCCUAAUUUUCAGCUUGCAUUUUUUAAUUUUGACUGUGGGUCUACAGUUUAUAAUGCAAAAUUCGCUUACACCUGUUAUAAAAAUGAUAUUGACAAAUUUGGGCUUGCUCAUAUUCCCCCGUUUAGUUCUAGCGUAACUCUUGGAGUAAUAAAAACAUUUAAGCAGCUAAAUGUAGCAUUUCCUGUGGUAGGCUGCUCAAAUACUGAGCCGUCGCUCAAUGUAACAAAAGAUUAUCCUAUGUUUACAAGGGUUUGGUUUUCUGCGUCCUAUGGAACUUCUUUGCUUUCAGUUCUCGUCAAAGUUAUGGGAUGGCAAAAAAUUUCAAUUUUAUAUCAAAAUGAUUCAUGAGCGAUUUCUAAGUCUUGGUAUUUAAAUCCAGCAAUAGAAAAACAAGGCCUAGAAAUAGUAAACCCUGAAAGCUCAUGAUAUAUCCCUGCAAAUCUUGAUAGAGAAGGGCUAAAGAACUACACAAGUCUCAUACAAACUAUUAUCGAUUCUCAAGCCAGGCUACUUAUUCUAACUGUCCAGUACCCCAUGUGCAAUUUUUUAUUAGAAAUGUUUUAUGACUUAGGCCUUAGAAAAGGGGAUUUAAUUAUUUUUGCGACUUAUCUGGAUAUGCUGACCUAUAUAGGAAAUAAUGAUACUUAUACAUAUAAAAGGCUCGAGCUUGGAAUUCCUAUGUUCAGGCUCAUUUUAUCAAGCUGGGUCGGCGAAAUUGGUCAAAGAACCAAACAAAGAGUUAUAGAAAUUCAUAAAGAAAACCCAUUAGUGUAUACCUGUCCAUAUUAUGAUGGCGCUUAUCAAAUGGCCCAUGCUUUAGAUUACAUGAUAAAUAGAGGCCAAGAUUACACUGAUCCUUAUAAGCUAGAAGCAGUCAUAAGAAUUCAGAAAUUUGUAGGCUGCACAGGGACAAUAGCAACUGAACCUGAUAAUAAUGACCGUAUAGCAGAAUCUUAUGACAUAGAAGGCAAUGGCAUUGAUAGCACUGGAAGCAUUUAUACAGAAGUGAUUGGACAGUUAAAGCCUUUUUCCUUACAAAUUUUGACGAUAGAAAACCCUAUUGUAUAUCCUGAUGGGACGAAUGUAAAGCCUAGCGAUUUAAGAAAUCAAAAUAGUAAAUGUCCAUUUCCUGAUAAAAAAAUAAAAACUUUUGAAAAAGGCAGAGGACUUCUGUUUGGGAUUUGCUUUUUUGUGGCGCUUAUUACUAUUUUCAUUACUGUAUUUAUAUGGAAAAAAUGGUGGAAUAUAUCAAUUGAGCAGCUUAAACAGAAAGAAGAAAUUUCUGUGCAAGAUACUAUUGUAGGGGUAUCAAUAAUAGUAGAAUUUUUCCAAUAUGCAUCUAUGGGGCCAGAUAUUUCUCUUUUAAGCUCUAUUUUUGCAAAAUUUUCUGAUGCAUUGUCAUUAGAUUUGGAUGAUAUAAUAAAAUUAGAAAACGGGGUGUUUUGGAUUGUGGUAGAUAUAACUUUUGGUGGAAUUGUAUUGUGGGGUGUUCUUUGUGCUGUUGUUUUGCUACGACUUGAUGAAAAAUGAAGAGUUAUUUCUGUUUUUAGAUUUUUAUCAUGGCUUGCUGAUUAUUUGAUGCCAAUUCUUGGGAAUUUAUGCUUUAUUCCUUUUAUAUCAAUUUGUCUUGAUAUUUUCUUAUGCGAUCAAUCAAUUGGAGAUAACUUUACAGAGAGCUUUCUUGCUAGAGAUUGCUAUUAUUUCUGUUGGAAAAGUGAACAUUUGGUAUAUGCUAUACUUUCAUUUUUAGCUUUAUUUUUAUAUGUGCCUUUAGCUAUUUUCUGUAGGCCACUUUGGCAGGAACUGCAAUCAAUGCUGCAUGUAAAAGCAAGCCCAGUUUAUUUGAUGGUGAAAACUAUAUUUCAGAUUACAUUGAUUGUCAUGAAUAAAACAAUAAAAAGAUCUCAAGACAUAGCUCAUGGGUGCAUAUUUUUAGUAGCCUUAAUUAUUUACACUAUUUUUACAUUCAAAUUCAAGCCUUACAACUACGGAAGAUUUAGUUGGUGGCAAGGGUUAAUUUUAAUUGGAGUUGCAUGGCUAGCCUUUAUCUCUACAAUUUCAAUAUUGAUAAAGCAUGAUUUUGCUGCGUUGUUAGUAGUUUUAAUUUUGGGAUGGUUUUCGAUUGGGAUGGUGGGACUGUAUAUUCAAAAGAAAAAAUAUCCGAGCUUUUUAUAUAGAAAAAGUGCAAAAGAUACAUCAACUUUGUUCAAAUUUGCUUUUAAUUUCAGAAAAACUACAGCAUUUUCAAAGGGAAAAAUCGUUCCAGAUUAA